AUGGGCAAGAAACGCAAGACUGUGCCCGCAGCGCUUCACAGCGAGCUCACUGAGUACUCCAAUCUCCUGCGCGUUCUGCGCACACAGGGGACUCUCGACAUCACCGUGCACCUCGCGCCUUCCGCCGCCUCCAGUGAUCACAACCUCUCCUUCGAUGACAAUGCCCACCAUGGUGCUUUCGGCGAUGACAGUGGAGAAGAUAAAUUUUAUAACUUAGACGCCACCUCCUCUGAGCACAGGAACGUGAACGAAAACCUCACCGAGCAGGGCAUAUCUCUACCCGCUACCGCCACUCUGAGCGCUUCGAGGAAGGGUAAGGCGCGCGUUGCGUUUGCGUCUGCACCUGGUGGUGAGAAGUCUCGUGUCCGGGAUACUUGGACGCGCUGGCCGCUUCUCGCGGGUGACGUGCACGUCCCCGAAUGGGGGUUUGCCGACGAAGUCUACCUCCUCGCGCGACAGGCGCUCGACCGCAUCCCAACUCUCAACCUUACGUCUUCCACCUCUGCAUCUACCGUCCACAAACGCGAGGAUGCCGCAGAUGCCGAGGAUGAUGAGGAAAACAUUGAAGAAGACGACUCUGACCUAGACUCAGAUGCAGAUUCCCAGAUCCCCCCCGCCGCCAAGGGGGCGCUCUCCUCUCUUUGUGAAGCCCAUCUCGGCCAGAUCCUUGCUGCUCUAGCGUCGCAUGUACCUCUUGCAGAAAGCAGCAUGCAGAACCGAAUUAGGCCUCUGGGGUGGGUGGAUGUGCUCGACAUUGUCAGCGUGAGCGGGCUCGUAGAUGACGUGUAA